ACGCUGGAGGUGUUUGGUGAACCGGAAAUGUAAACGUGCUUGCCCCGGAAGCAGUUGGGGAGGCUGUGUCUCGGGCGCAGCGAGGGGGCUCGCGGUGGAGGGAGGCUGCGUUAGCUUCUUGCACCAUGUUUCUGACGGGAGUCAAUUUGGCCAAGGCCAAAUCAAAAUAUAUUCUUGUGAGGAUGUUGAGUGAAGCAGGAACAAACUAUUCUUUCAACAGAAUAAGACCACGGGUUCAUGACAAGCUGGUCCUGGUGAGAUAUGAUCCUUUUGUUAAACAGCAUGUCCUCUUCAAAGAACAUAAAAAGAUCCGUUCUAUAUAAUGGAUUAAAAUAACUUAAUUCAUACGUGAGACAUACAGUGGGAAAUGCCAACUCAGCAACCCUGUUGUAUUCUCAGAAAAGAGAGGAAAUGGAUUGCAAUGACUGUCCUAUGUGAUUUGAAGACCACUGUCAACAAGAACAAUGUGGAAAAAGACCGUUCUUGGUGUUUAGCCAUGGACCAUCAUCACCAACAGCUUACUUAAAACUUGAGUUAUUUUUAGAGAUCUCAAUUAAAAUUGAAAAAAACAAUUGUC